AUGAAAUUAUUAAACACAAAAGAAAUUAAGGAAACAGAAAGCUCGGAAAUACAAGAAAUUAAAAAACUGGAUUUACAAGAAUUAAAGAAUGACAAGAAUUUUGAUUAUGAAUUAUUUGAAAAGAAGAAAAAAGUGAUUGACAAACAAUAUGAAGAUUAUGUAAAACUUGCUGAAACAAAAGUCGAUUUUGAAUGGUAUGAAAAGCUAAUCGUAUAUCCUCUUUUGUUUGUUAUCACAUGGUUUGCAGUACAAUGGCUUUUAGAAUAUUUGAAGGAGCAAUCUCCUCCUUUUAAAAGAGCUCUGGAUAGAGCUGAAAAGAAGACGAAAAAAGAACGAGAACAAUUAUGGAAAGAAAUUGUGGAAGAGCGAAAUAGAAUUGUUGCGGAAAGAGAAAAGAACAAGUAA